AUGGCUUCAUAUUUGUCCAUAAUCUUCCUUAUUUUUUCCUUUGCCUUUCUUCUAAUCCAUGCUGCAGAACAGCAAGUAACAUUGGAAAAUCCUGCGAAUGGUGCGGUAAACGUGGCGGAUCCUCCACAGGACAAUGUACAAGUAGAAGGAACUGUGCAAACUCCUGAGGCAGGAGUAGAAGUUCCAUUGCCAGGUAAAAAACCGAGGGAGGAAAAUAAAGAUAACAGUACGGAAAGAAUGGCCUACCGGAAAAAAGAGUAG